AUGAAGAAGCCCAAUAACACUACUCCUCCUGCGUCAGGAGCAAAGCCCACGAAUCCUUCAACUAAAUCAAAGUCUCAGGUUCAGGAUGACUCCAUUAUGGGUACAAACAAUAGCAGCAUCGUAUCUAAACGGAGUGUUGAACGCUUAUAUUACCCUAAUGAGCAAUUCUUCCGCCACUUUGUCAAGAAAUUCCAACGGCGGAGUCCUUUGAUCAAUCGUGGGUAUUGGUUACGUAUGAAGGCCAUUGAUCAAGUUGUGCGGCAAUUUCUAGAGCUAGAUACGGAGAAGCCGAAAGUUGUUAUCAACUUGGGCUGUGGAUAUGAUCCUCUUCCUUGGCAGUGCCUCACCAGAUACAAGUCUCAUUGCCAGCGAACCAAGUUUGUUGACAUAGACUAUCGAGAUCUCAUGCUAAAGAAGAGAAAUGUUGUCGAGAACGCUGAGGAUCUGAAAUCACUCUUGACCAAUGUCAAAGUGUCUGAGGGAGACGUAUUGCUUCAGAGCGACCAAUACUUACAAAUAGGAUGUGAUCUUCGCGACCUUGAGAGUUUAAAUCGUGUCCUGCCAAGCGUGAUCGACCUAGAAAGAUCUCUGGUUUUGUUCACCGCGGAAGUCUCAAUCACAUACAUGAAUGUCGAAGCUGCCGAUGCUUUAAUAUUUUGGGCUAGCAAACUACCACAAGCUCGAUUUUGCCUCCUCGAGCAGCUUCUCCCAGAUGGGAAAGACCAUCCGUUCUCACAGACAAUGAUGGCGCAUUUCAAUAAGCUUGGAACACCGUUGAGAGCUGUUGAGAAGUAUCCCACUACAUCUGCUCAAAAAUCAAGGUUUCACAGUCUUGGUUGGCCAAAUGUCGCAGUCUGUAAUCUUUGGAGAUUAUGGAGCUUACCCGAUUUUGUCAGUUCGACAGAUCGUGAGCAUCUAAACGGAGUCGAGCCAUUUGAUGAAUGGGAAGAGUUUUCAUUAUUCGGAUGUCACUACUUCUUGCUUGUUGCUGACACAGAGCAAUCAUUUGCCAGGCCCUUGCUGGCGGAGACGGAGAUCGGACGCAAGGUACCAAGUCCGGAGCCAAAGCUUAAAUUAAAUGUAACCUUCGAGGAGCACCCAAAACAUCAUGGUUGUCGACGUUUUGCGGCAGCGAUGCCGCUUGCAAGUCAUCAACGGACUGUGGAUGAUGUCGGUAUAUUUGGUGGCAUGGGCCUAAUGACUAGGCUGAACUCUUACGAUGUGUACAGUUCAAGGUCGGCGGAGCAUGUCCAACAAAAGAGUCUUGGCAGAUCAUUUGCAAGACCUGUAAGUCGGAUGUGUCACACUCUCACAGAUCUUGGAGACACUGGUGCAAUCCUCGUUGGUGGUCGGACUUCCCCGGAUGCUGGCCUAACUGAUUGUUGGCUUUACCAUAAGUGGCUGGACACAUGGGAGCGAGUCGAUGAUCUUCCCCAGCCAAUGUACCGCCAUCAGGCUGUGAACUUAGGUGAUGGCCGCGUCCUCGUAUCCACGGGGAGGAUCGAUUCUCGUACCAUCACGACAGACUAUCUCAUUUGGAGUCGGAGGGCUGGUUGGAUAAAGUGUGCUUAUGGUGAGGGCGAUCUACCACUUCCGGCUUACGGAGUAACAUUUGGCAUCUGUUCCCCAUUGGAAGACUUCCACUCCUCCACUUCUAUGUUUGGCAUUUUGGCUGGCGGAAUGACCUCGGAUUCUCGCAUGCCGCAAACGUCAUGGCGUUGGGACUUAAAGCUUCCUGAUGGUCUCGCAGAUCAGCAACCCAUCAUAUCGUUCCAACGCCUCGAAGGUUUCGAGUCACAUGCGGAUGUUGCUCGCUUUGGCGCAAGUGUGGUCAGUCACCAAGGUCACACUUAUGUCCUGGGAGGCAUCAUCAAGGAUGAAAUUCUGAGCUCAUUUAAAGAGGUCUGUACCUUCCGACUUCAUGACUGUGCGGGGUCAUUUUCAGAGGUUCUGCUGAGUUCGCUUUCUGGCUCUCCUAGACCUCUGAUGGUGGGUAUAACGGCUGUAAGCAUCGAGGAGACACUGUUACUUAUUGGUGGCUCUGCUGUGUGCUUCUCUUUCGGUACUUUUUGGAACCAAGGAUGCUUUAACCUGCGGUCUCAGUCCGAAAUAGACAAGUCAUACCCAGUCGCCAUGCCGUGGAAGUAUGUGCGCACAAUGGAGGCCAAUGCAUUGGGUGAGAACCUGAGGGUUCCAACAUCCGAAGCUGCACAUAGUCAAAGUAGUCUCAAGUCUCUGCCAAGAAUCCGCGUAUCCUCGCCCGGAGACUUUGAGAAACUGGUAUAUUCUAGCUUGCCCAUGAUUCUGGAAGGCCUGGACAUUGGUUCAUGCACUACGAAGUGGACUGCAGAAUAUCUCAAGGACAAAAUUGGCGUUGAUCGCGAGAUCAUUGUGCAUCAAGCUACUACAGAACACAUGAACUUCACCACGAAGAAUUUCGAGUACGUUCCCAGGAAAUUUGGUGAAUUUAUUGACCAAAUCGAGAGUGGAGAAAAGCUUUAUCUCCGUUCUCUCUCGUCAGAAAAGCCGUCAGAAAAGGCAGCAGACAUUAGUCAGGAUUUUCCAACCAUUGCAGAGGAUUUUGGCUUGCCUCCUGAGCUGCAGAUGGUGUUGGCCAACGCUCACAGUUCGCCGCUGCGCAUAUCAGGACCAGUCAAUAUGUGGCUACAUUACGACGUAAUGGCAAACGUACUCUGCCAAAUUCGUGGAUCGAAACGGCUGCUCCUUUUCCCACCUACCGAUUUCAAGCAUUUUAGGUUUGAGCCGGGAGCAUCAAGCUCACCUGUUAAUGUGUUUGACAAACUCAAGGAUGGUCAUAUUCCAGGAGUUCAUCCGCACGAGGCUUUGCUGCAACCAGGAGAUGUUCUCUUCCUACCGCCAUUGUGGCUGCACACCGCUUCUCCCACUUCAGGAUGGAGCAUUUCAGCAAAUGUCUUCUUUCGAAAUCUUUCGUCAGGUUAUGCUGCUGGGAAAGAUGUUUAUGGAAACAGGGACCUACAAGCAUAUGAAAAGGGAAGACAGGAUAUUGCGAAAAUUGCAACAUCGUUUGGCAAGUUGCCAACUGAUAUUAGAGACUUCUACCUGCAACGGCUGGUCGAUGAAUUCAAACAGAAAGCCGGAGGAUGUUGA